GUUGGCUCUUUCAUUGUUUGUGUAAUGCUUUUUCCUGCAAUCCAAAGAGGUGUGGCUGGUCACGACUCAUUAGUCAAGCAAAGAGGUGUACAUCUCCCCGCUGCCUCCUUGGCCUUGCUUUUCUCGUUUUGAGACGAGACUCCAGGAUGAUGAUUCAUGAAGGUUGGUUGCCCAAGCAAAGCAACGACAUAUAUAGUAGGCGUAUAAAAUUUGGGCUUUGGUUAGUGGGUUGGAAUGGUAUAUGGAUCUGGAGCUUGCGUUGCGUGGGGUCCAAUCAAUAACUCACGGAACAGACUUUGGAUUGGAUCUACUCAUAAACCCUAAACCCUGAAAACCCCAAUUUGUUGGAGAAGGAGAGAGAAACGGCAAGAGAAACAGGCGAAAGAUGAAUCACUUAGCAGCGGCGGAGGAGCAAAUAGUUUCAGAGAGGAUUAAACGGAAGCUAAACGAAGUUAAUUUGGCUGCUCAACAACAUCUCUCUCCCAUUCAGGAUCAUGUCAAUUUCACCCUUCAGCAAGCAUACUUCAAAUGUGCAUAUGAGUGCUUUGAUAGGAGAAGAACGCAAGAAGAGAUAAGCAAUUGCGUCGAACGUUGCAGUGUUCCUGUUGUUAAUGCUCAACACACAGUUGAGAAUGAGAUGGCCAAGUUUCAAGAGAAGUUGAAUAGGGCUCUGAUGGUUUGCCAAGACAAGUACGAGUCAGCGAAGUUACAAAAUGCCAAAGCCACACUGAAUGAUUUAGAAUCCUGUGUGGAGCAAACAACCCAGGACAGCAUCAAGACGCUACCUCAUCUUGCUCAAAAAUUGAAUGCUUCCCUUUCUAGAGGGAAAGAGCUCUGAAAUGCUUCCGCAAACAUUUAUUUUUAGUCCCAUUGAUACGGCCAAAGCUUAUGAGAGUAGUUAUAAACCAUCCAUCAAUUUCUAUUUCAGAACCUUUUCCGGGGACUGAAUAUGAUUUAACAUACUUUUGUUUAUUACAUUAAAUUUAAAUUUUGUCAACCUUAGAAUUAUUAUUUUA